AUGCACCAAGUCGGCGUCCCAGUCGUGGUCGACCAGUUCGAGGGCAUGCCACACUGCUUCGCAAUGAUGAUGAUGGAGACCUCGGCUGGACGACGGUUCUUCGACGGAAUGGCCAAUUUUUGCAGUGACGCGGUCGCGAACACGGUCAAGUCGACCGGACAUAUCAACUACAUCACCUACAAACUGCGUUCGACUCACAAAGUCUCCCUGGAUGAUGCCGUGCCUCUCUCCGACGAGGAGGUUGACGAGCGAUUGCGUAGAUGCAGUACUUGGCGCGUGGAAGGGGAGAAACAGCUUUUGGAGGAAUGGUCUGGGAGAGCGAAGCUUUGA